GUGCGGGCUUAGAGAGAGACAGAGGGUUUCAGAAAACGGGAAGGCAUGUGAAAGCCUUUUUCAGUCUCUCUCUCUCUCUCUCUCUCUCUCUCUCUCUCUCUCUCUCUUAUCCUCUCUCUUAACUCUGCCUCUCUCUCUAGAAAUCGGUAAGCUCCGUGGUCAUUUCUUGGUCUAUUAUUUUGCAUAAUUGCAAGUGGGUUUUGAUUAUUAGAGAGAUCGAGUAAUGGAAUUCGAGGAUCCAGAGGAGCACGAGGAAGAGAUUGGGUUGCCGGCGGGCUACGACUCGCUGGGGAACUCGGGCAGACUCAAAAUGGGCCCUUCCGGCGGAGAACCGCCACAGGCUGCGGCCGGAGCGGGUCGGAAACCCAGGUACAGGGAGUGCAUGAAGAACCACGCGGUGGGGCACGGCGGCCACGCCGUGGACGGCUGCUGCGAGUUCAUGCCGGCGGGGGGCGAGGGCACGCUCGACGCCCUAAGGUGCGCGGCGUGCAACUGCCACCGGAAUUUCCACAGGAAGGAGGCGGCGGAGGGGGACGGCAGCUACGGCGGAGGGCAGUAUAUCCACCAGCAGUACUACCAGCAGCAGCCGUUGUUUUAUCGGCCGUUGGUUCCGAGGGGGGUGGCGCCGCCGGCGCUGGCGCUGCCGUCAACGUCGGGGGGAGGGGGGAGCAGGGGAGAGGAGCAGGAGGAGGGGACGAAUGUGGGGAAGAAGCGGUUCAGGACGAAGUUCACGGCGGAUCAGAAGGAGAAGAUGCUGGGGUUGGCGGAGAGGAUGGGGUGGAGGAUACAGAAGCAGGACGAGGCGGCGGUGCAGCAGUUCUGCGAGGAGAGUGGGGUGAAGAGGCACGUCCUCAAGGUUUGGAUGCACAACAACAAGCACACUCUUGGUAAGAAACCCUAAAUAACAUUCCCCCAUUGUUAAUUGUUACUAAUUCAGAAGAUAAACUUAAGAUGGUAGCUAGCUGGGUAGCAGGCUUGAUUCGAGUUAGUAUAUAUAUCUAGCGACAUUUGAACUCUUCUCUUCUCGGGAUUUUCUUUUCUUUUCUUCUCUUUUUCUUUUCUUUUCUUUUUUGGGAUCAGUUUAGGGCUUUUCUCUGUUGCAUUUUCUUUUUGAGUUCUGCUGCAUUGAUGUGGUAGCGGUGGUGUUUGAGCUUUUGGAAUUAAUUAAAGAUGUUUGUUUUGUUGAUU